CUUGCAAACGCCUCUACGUUUGUAGAUUUGAUUAAAAAAAAGAGAGGACCUAACAGUAAUUAAACGCGUGUUUUGUUAAUAUCACACAAACACCUCGUGUGGUUUGUUAACGAGUUGGCUAUGACCCUGCUUCCAGGGUUACGAACGGCUCCGUUACGUUAUAAGAAGUGAUUCCGGUUCAGUGGCAGGUUUGAACUCUCUGGAAAGUGACCAUUGUUGUAAUCAGGUCGAGGCUGUUACCACCUCCACUUGCUGACUUUCUUAGUUUUUUUUUACGGGUUUAACGUUACAGCGGGACGAACAGAGCAAGCUUUUUACAGUGUCAUGAAAGAAAUGUCCAGCGCCAUGCCUGGUGGGCAACAGCCUCAGAGACACUAUGGCAUCACCUCUGCCAUUAGCCUCGCACCCCCACGAGAAAUAGACCACCAGUACACCAAGAAGCUCUGUGAUGCUAUGAAGCCUUUUGGGGUGUUUGAAGACGAAGAGGAAUUGAACCACAGACUUGCAGUUCUUGGAAAGUUGAAUAACUUUGUUAAAGAAUGGAUCGCAGAGAUCAGUGAAUUAAAGAACCUUCCACCAUCAGCUAUAAGCUGUGUCGGGGGCAAGAUAUUUACAUUUGGUUCAUACCGUCUUGGAGUGCACACAAAAGGAGCCGAUAUUGACGCCUUAUGUGUGGCUCCGCGCCACGUAGAGAGAAGCGACUUUUUCCAGUCUUUCUUCGAGAAAUUGAAACAGCACGAAGAGAUCAAAGACCUGAGGGCCGUCGAGGAUGCCUUUGUACCGGUGAUAAAAUUCAAAUUUGACGGAAUAGAGAUUGACCUGCUUUUUGCCAGACUGGCCUUACAGUCCAUUCCAGACAACUUGGACCUGAGGGGGGACUCCAUCCUGAGAAACUUGGACAUUCGUUGUAUCCGCAGCCUUAACGGCUGUCGAGUGACUGAUGAAAUUUUGUACCUCGUGCCAAACAAAGAAAACUUCAGACUGACAUUGAGAGCCAUCAAACUGUGGGCGAAGCGUCGCGGGAUCUACUCCAACAUGCUGGGGUUUCUGGGUGGAGUGUCGUGGGCCAUGCUGGUGGCCAGGACCUGCCAGCUCUACCCAAACGCUGUGGCAGCCACGCUCGUCCACAAGUUCUUCCUUGUUUUCUCCAAAUGGGAAUGGCCGAAUCCUGUGCUAUUGAAACAACCUGAGGACAGUAAUCUGAAUCUACCUGUGUGGGAUCCCAGAGUCAACCCAUCUGACAGAUACCACCUGAUGCCCAUCAUCACGCCUGCCUACCCCCAGCAGAACUCCACAUACAACGUCUCCACGUCAACACGCACCAUCAUGAGCGAGGAGUUCAAAUACGGUCUCAGCGUCACAGAUGAGAUUCUUCAGGGAAAAGCAGAAUGGUCCAAGCUCUUUGAGCCUCCUAAUUUCUUCCAAAAGUACAAGCAUUACAUCGUUCUGACUGCCAGUGCAUCCACAGAAGAAAACCACUUAGAAUGGAUCGGUCUAGUGGAGUCAAAGAUCCGCGUUUUGGUGGGAAACCUGGAGAGGAAUGAAUACAUCACCCUGGCUCACGUCAACCCACAGUCCUUCCCUGGGUCCAAAGAGAACCGCAAUGAGAACGACUUUGUGUCCAUGUGGUUCAUCGGGAUCAUCUUCAAGAAAGUGGAGAACGCAGAGAGUGUGAAUAUUGACCUGACGUACGACAUCCAGUCCUUCACAGACACUGUGUACAGACAAGCCAACAACAUCAACAUGCUGAAGGACGGCAUGAAGAUCGAAGCAACGCAUGUAAAGAAGAAGCAGCUCCACCAGUACCUUCCUGCUGAACUGGUGCAGAAGAAGAAGAGGAGCAUAGCAGAGUUGAACCGCAGCUCUAACGGGGGGAGCUCUAAGAGGAUGUCUCUGGACAGCAGUCACCUGGACAGCUCCAGAGACACAGACUCAGGGACUCCCAUCUGCUCCCCAACCAGCAAACCCUCCAAGCCCACGUCUGACACAGAUGACAGCGUCAGCCCUCCCAAGCAGCUUUUUGUGGAAAGCUCUCCAGCACCCAGUGCAGCAGCAGCAGCAGCAGCAGCAGCUCCUCCUACAACAGACCAGGGCAUGUCCAUCCCUGUCAUCGGCUCAAAGCCGCCAGUAAAAGUGGUGAAACCUUCUUCUCCACCAGCCAGCAGCUCCGUCACCCCCCCUGCGCCGAGCGGGAACGUGAAGCCCAACGCCGCAAGCAGCCCCAAAGAGGAGCCCAACGGCCUGGACGACUCUGUCAACGGAGCUCCAGCCAAGAGACCGCACUCACCUACACAAGAGGACCUGGCCAAGAGGCACAAAGACACAGAGGAGGUCUCCAAUGACGACUCUACUUUCAAAGAGCCAUAUCCACCAUCUGACCCCCAUGUGCACGGAGAUGGACCCAACAUUACUCCUCUUUCUGGAUCAAAGGCGAAGCCCAUUCCAACCAUCGAUACCUCAAGAACACAGAGACUUCCCAGCAUGGAGCUGCCAGACGCCUCCUCGCCUCUUCCAGCCAGCAACAGCUGCCGCGUGGUGAAAAAUUCCAUUAAACUGGCCCUCAACCGCCACAACAUCACACCUCCCAAGCCCCCAGUGUUCGAGGGAACCCUCACCACUGACGCUCCCCCCAGCAGUGAAGAAAAAGGCAUGUCCAUUCCUGUCAUUGGCUCAAAAAAUACUGCAUCCAAACCCGUCGUGCCCCCCGUCGGCAGCUCCAUCCCCACACUAGUGAGCCGAGGAGCCGACCCGCUGAACGGAGCGCCCUCAAAGAGACCCCACUCUCCCUCCCUGGAGGAACAGGCCAAGAGGCUGAAAGAAACAGAGAAGGCCAGAAUCCACAUAGCUUGAACACACAACUCACAGACUUGGACAUAUACACACACACACAAACACAUAUAUACAUAUAUAAACACCCAGAGGUGGUGCUUUGCUGUUUAAAAGUCUAACACCGAGAAGUCAACUUCACACGUGGGAGUGGGAGAGAGAGCGCGUUCAGUUCCAGAACAAAUCCCAUGUGUGAAGCAGCAGCAGUGGGAGGGGGGGUUGGACAGGGGAGGGGGGGUUGGACACCUCACCUCACCUCAGAUCUCCAGUGAUUUUUUUUUUUACAGAUUUGCCAGUGGAUAGGUGAUUCGGUCAAAACCACGAUGUCGUCUGCGUCUUCUUCGGUCACACUCGCAGCCAGAGAGCAUUUAACACAGUUACGGAGAAAUCCGACACGAGAACUAAAGCGACAGUUUCUUUUUUCUUUUCUUUUUUUUUUACUCGUCUUCUCCUUCAAUGUUUAAAAUCGUUCGCAAUACAGACGGAAAAUGAGCCGUUCUUUUCAUUUUCCUCUUUUUUUUUUCUUUCUUCUUUUUUUUUUCUCUCGAGUUAACAUGUUUUAAAACAGCUCAGAACAUUUAUCGACGCUUGCUAUACACACUUCUGGUGUAUGCUGAUUUUUUUUUUUCUUCUUCAUUUUCAUUUCUCCCAAACAGAAACCUGUACAGUAAAUGUUGAUGUACAUAACUUUUGUCUUAAAAAAAAAAAAAAAGCAAAAGAUCACUGUUAAGUCUUUUGAUCAUUCUAUUGUAGUUUUAUCUAAAAACGUGAAAAAAAGUUUAAAAAAUUGUAAAUUUUGUUUUUUUUUCUCUACUGCUUGUCCAAAAAAAAAAAAAAAAAAAAAAAAAAAUUGUCUCCAGCCCUGAAUAUUUUUCUGGUAAAAACACCGUAAAGGUUUGGAUACAGAUGCAGGGAGGUUUUAUGGAGGGUUUGCUUGGAUAUCGUAACCCACGACUCUUUAGACCACCAAGACUACCCACAGAGGAUUCCAGGUUAGUAUGGGACUUGCAGUGUGUAGAAGAUUAUAUGAUCCAAAUCCUUGUUUAACAGAAAAAAACGGUAAAGUGACAGCAGUGCUUCUCAGGUGCCGGUUAAGAGCAAGAAAAUCAUCCUCACAAACAACAUCGUAAAAACGGUCAGGCGUUUUCUGAAAGUUGUUCAGCACUCGGAAAGAUCCGUACGAAACGAUGGAUGAAACCAUAUUGUCUUGGAUUAAAAGAAAAGUUGCGUUUAUUCAUUAUCUGCCUACUUUUUCAUGGUUUAUUCAAGCUUUAGGUGUCAGAUCAUUGUGGUAGACACAGUAAAAGAGAGUACAUACCUGUGUUUUACAUGUGAAAUCAUCCUCAUGUCAAACAAACCCAGCCAUCAGGAGGGCUAAACAGUCAUUUCUUCAGAUUACUGCUUGACCCCCCCCCCACCUCCACCUCCAUCAUUUCACCGUGGUCCGUCAGCUAGUGAAGCUCGAACCUGCUCGCAAGCGUGUGUCACAUCCACGAAAGAGUUUGUGGUGCUUUUUUGUGAAGAAGAGGAAAAAAAUGGUUCGAAGCUUCUUCUUUUUCUUUUUUUCUUUUUUUUUUUUGACAAGUUGUGUGCUGGUUUGUGUGUGUACGCAUGUGUAUGUGGUUGACUGUGUGUGAGCGUGCAUGCAUAGAAGGUUGAUUAUGUGUCGGAGAGAGACAGAAUUCCCUCAAGAUAUGGGUAUUAACCCUCUGCGCCUCCUGUGGAGGUUCUUAAAAAGGAAAAAAAGCAUCUCCUGGGGCCACAGGUUGGAGGGGGGGGUCAGGAGACAACUUUUUUUUUUUUUUUUUUCCUUUUUUUUUUUCUUUCCUGCCUUGGGCCCCAACCCUCCAUCUAUAUGGUCUGAAGCUGGGUAUCUUUGUGGUGGAUUUCAGCACAGAGGAUAUAUACAUGUGCUGCUGCAUUGUGUAACUAACAAGGUGAGAGUUAGGACGCAAGGACACAGGCUCUUUUUUGUUUUUUUUGUUUUUCCAGCAUCAGUUUCCCCAACGAAAUGUACAGAGAACAGUUUUUUCAAAAAGGCAUAUUCUUCAUUAUUGGGGGUUUUCUUAUCACUUUAUUUAUAUUUGCAUAUUUGUACCAUGUGAUCUUUUUUUUAAUAGCAUUCAUAGCAGGUAGGUCUUUUUUGAAUGAAAUCUGCACCACUCUGUUUCAAACAACCCAUGUUUUGCUGUUCGGAAAACAUUUAACAAAAAGAGGUCAUUUAGAUGUUUGUUUCUAAAAUGUAUUGAAAGGGUAUUUUUGUAUGUGUUUAUCACUUCCUUUAAAUGAAUCCGUACACCCAUUAAACCCCUAAAAAAACUACAAA